UGGAGCGGAAAUUCACGGUCGAGCGCUGUGUGUUUCAGAUAAUUAUGCGAGAUUUCCUUUACAUCUAUUUGUAUUAACAAUUUGUGGAGAUCUGCUACACGACUAUAUUCUCACACUGCUGUCACGUCAACGCGAUUAGUGGCUAUUCGCUGCAAAAGAUUUGGUGAUACGCGCGGUGAGCUCUGCCAGACGAGAGGCCAUAGCAACAAUACACAGCACGUCUCAAGUACUGAUUUAAGCUGAAACCAAGAAGUCAGGUUAUCUCACAAUGCAGUCUUACUCUACCCAAGGAAAGCUGGUGCGGAGUGGGGAGAAGAAUAAGUUAGUGAUCUGUAUAGAGGGGAACAUUGCUAGUGGGAAGACAACAUGCCUAGAGUAUUUCAGCAAAACCAGUAACAUUGAGGUGCUGACUGAGCCAGUUUCCAAAUGGAGGAAUGUUCGAGGGCACAACCCCCUGGGGUUAAUGUACCAGGACCCUACUCGAUGGGGCAUCACUCUACAGACCUAUAUUCAGCUAACCAUGCUGGACCAACACCUCUCAACAAUAUCAGCCCCAAUGAGAAUGAUGGAAAGGUCCAUCUACAGUGCCAAGUACAUCUUUGUGGAAAAUCUUUACAGAAGUGGGAAGAUGCCCGAGGUGGACUUUGCUGUUCUUAGUGAGUGGUUUGAGUGGAUCACUCAGAACAUUGCCAUUCCUAUGGAUCUUAUCGUUUACCUCCAGUCGUCUCCACAGACCUGCCAUGAGAGGCUGAAAGAGAGAUGCAGGGAGGAGGAGAAGAUCAUUCCUUUGGAAUAUUUAGAGGCAAUCCAUCAGCUGUAUGAAGACUGGCUGAUAAAGAAGACGUCCUUCAAUGUUCCUGCUCCAGUCCUUGUAAUUUCGGCAGACGAUGACCUGCAGAAGAUGAUCCACCAGUAUGAGGAGAACAGAGAGAAGAUUUUAUCAGGGAGCAAUGUGUGACUGAAGUACAGUGGUUUCAAAAAGUAUUCAGACCCCUAGACUUUUUCCACAUUUUGUUAAGUUACAGCCUUAUUCUAAAAUUGAUUAAAUAGUUUUUUCCCCUCAUCAAUCG